GGUGGGGCUGGGGCGCGGAGGAUGGGCCCGAGGGGCUUCGGGGGGUUCUGCCUCGCCCUGCUCUGCUCUGGGGCCGCUCUCGGCUUCCAGGAAGAGCAAUCGGGGAACGGGAACGUCACCGAGGAGACCCCGGAGGGGACACGGGACCCCCUGGAGCCACCAGGACACCCCAGCACGGCCACCGGGGACGGGGACAGGGUGACAACGGGGACAACGGGGACACCGUGGCCAAGGGUCACCACGAGCCCCCCUGGGAGCCCUGGGGACCUUGCGGUGACACCGGCGGGGAACCAAACCCGAGCCUCCUCGGGUGUCCCAGCCCGGUACUGGUCCCCCGUCAUCUUCGUGGUGCUGGCCCUGCUCGUGCUCUUUGUCACCUACCACAGGACCAAGGACAAAGGGAUCCGGGACCGGGCCACGAGUGGCAGCGACUCCUCAGAUUUGGGAGCUCUGGUCCAGCCCCAAGUCCACGACCCCAUCCCAAAAAUCCCGGAGCACGCCGAGACCACCUUGGACCAGCCAGACCCUCCCCAGCCCCCGAGCCGGUUCCACAGCCCUGGAAAAGCUGGGAAUGGAUUCCCGGACUCUGGGAGACGCCGGGAGCCAGAGCCGGAUGCAAAAGAGGAGGAGGAAAAUUCCCAUUUUUUAAUCCUGGGAUGAUCAAAGCUCCCAAAAAAGCCCCCCAGGGCUGGAGAGGCUUCACCAUUCCCUACGUCUUCAAGUCCAGGCUGGAAUUUUUCCCGGGAUGGGGCUCAGGAUCAAAGUCCUGAACCUCAAAUCCAACAUUUGGGAUUCAAAUAUUCCCAAAAGAGCGAAAAUAAUUAAAAAUAAAAAAAUAGAUCCAAGCGUUUCCAGAUGAAAAAACUUCUUCCCAAUGGCUCCAGAGGGAGAGUUCCAAGAGGAAAAUCUGCUCCUUUCUGAUCCAGGGUCCUGGAAAAGCUGGGAAUGAAUUUUCCUGGGAAAAAUCCCACUUGGAGAGGGAGAAUCCGGCGGAUGAAGGAUCUGGGAUUCCCAUCCUGGAGGAACUGGGGAGGGUUGGGAGCGUCCCAAGGCUCCUUUUCCAGGAGAAUCCAACUCCAGGAUCCAGUCGGGAAUUGGGGAUGUCCUUCCAAAGGGAGAGGGGUGGGAAUCCCAGAAUCCCGGGAUUGUCCAGGCUGGGAAAGAUCUCCGAGGUCACCGAGGCCAAGCUGGGAUGGAUCAACAUCCG